UCGGAGGAGCGUGUACAUGCGUAGAGCUGGUAAUGGAGGAUAGUGGUCUACUCACAGGGGGCUUAGUUAGCAAGCUGUGUUUGCUCUGUUAUGUUCCCAGUCGCCGCUUGUAUUGAUUACGACGGUAUCGACAACCCGAGGGACAACUUCUGAGACAAUCAAGCAGCGGUGGAGCUGCCGUUGAGUUCUGGAAAUGGCGUCAGAAGGUUCCAAGGGGAUCAUGACCUUUUAUCCCACUGCUGAGGAAUUCAAGAAUUUCAGGCGCUAUGUUGCAUAUAUGGAGUCUAAGGGAGCACAUAAAGCAGGCCUGGCUAAAAUUGUCCCACCAAAGGAGUGGAAGCCUAGGCAUUCUUACGACGACAUAGAUGACUUGGUGAUACCUGCACCCAUUCAGCAGGUUGUGACAGGUGUGUCAGGCCUUUUCACUCAGUACAACAUACAGAGGAGAGCCAUGACGGUGAGAGAGUUUCGCAAGGUUGCCAACAGCAACAGGUACUGCAGUCCAAAUUAUGAUAACUUUGAGGAGCUGGAAAGGAAGUACUGGAAGAAUGUGACCUUUAAUGCUCCUUUAUACGGGGCGGAUGUUAAUGGAACCCUGUAUGAUCCGGAUGUCAAAGAGUGGAAUAUUUGCCAUCUGGACACCAUUUUGGAUACUGUGGAGCAUGACAACGGCAUCACUAUUGAGGGUGUUAAUACACCCUACUUGUACUUUGGCAUGUGGAAGACCACCUUUCCAUGGCACACAGAGGACAUGGACCUCUAUAGCAUUAAUUAUUUGCACUUUGGAGAGCCUAAAUCGUGGUAUAGCAUUCCUCCAGAGCACGGGAAAAGAUUUGAGCGUCUGGCUCAAGGCUUCUUUCCCAAUAGUGCUCAGAAUUGUGAUGCCUUUUUAAGACACAAGAUGACUCUGAUCUCUCCUUUUGUACUGAAGAAAUACAGCAUUCCAUUUGAAAGGAUUACUCAGGAGGCCGGGGAGUUCAUGAUAACUUUCCCCUAUUCCUAUCAUGCUGGUUUCAACCAUGGCUUCAACUGUGCAGAGUCCACCAACUUUGCCACGGAGAGGUGGAUUGAGUAUGGCAAGCAGGCAGUUCUGUGCUCAUGCCGUAGAGACAUGGUGAAGAUUUCCAUGGAUGUCUUUGUGAGAAAAUACCAGCCAGAUCGCUAUGAACAGUGGCUGGAAGGGCGAGACCUGGUGCCCAUUGACCAUUCACGACCCACUCCAGAAGCUAAGGAGUUCUUGGACGAGUCCUUUAAUGACCUCACCAGCAGCAGUAACUCCAGCUCCAUCAAGAGCUGUGGAGAGGAUGGACAGUGGAAAAGCUCUAAACAAAGGAUAGAGACCAAAAGACACCGGGUGUGUCUGGAAGUGCCCGAAGAGGUUGUCCCUCAGGUUGAAGAUGAGGACGAUGCGGAGCGGUAUGGAAAGCGUCCUAGGCUGAGUCUUAUACCUCCACGGGCUAUCGUACAAGAUGGCAAGAGAAAUAAAGGCCCACCGAAGUUGGUUGUCACACCAACCAAGCUCACGUUAAUGGAUCCAUUUCUCAGAGGCUUGUCCCAGAGUAAAGGUGAUAGUAGUUGUCUUCAUUAUACCAAGACACGUGCACCUGCGAUCUCACCUGAGUCCAGGUCUAGAAACGGCCAUGUGUCAGUUUCAGCAUCCCCUAUGUGGACAGAAGAUGGGACUCAACCUACCCGCAAAAUGGGUGUUGCCAGCCUGCUGUUCCACAGGACUCUGAGUCCUAAAGACAUUCUUCAGGUGCAGAGCUACACUCUAGAGACGCAGCGGCAACCCACCACACAGCUACAUGUGCACAGCUACGCCAGAGAGCACCAGCCACGCCAUCUCCAGCACAAAACCUUAACACCAGUUCCAUCUUCAUCUCAAGCACCAAGCUGUGAGGAAAUGAAGCCACGGCCUGAAUCUGAAAUCACGUUUACCAAAGUAGCACAAAAUGAACCAGAAGCACAGAAUCCUGUGGUGCCGGAACAAGAGGAAAACAAACCCAAAAUGUCCGUGCCCGUCAAAGCUCAGGCUGAAGUGGAGAAGCCUGAAGUUGAGCCCAUAAGGAAGCCUGCUUCCCCACCGAUUCAAACGCAGCCGCAAGAUUUGGACAAAGUGGAGACUGAGUCUCCCAAGAACAAGAGAAAGAGUAACCAAUCCCCCCUUGUGGAUAAUGGCAUUAUCAUCCUGAAAGACACCAUUCCUGUCAGGAAACCAGUGUGUGAUGAGCUGAGGGUGAUUCCUCGGAAUCAUCAUCAGGUGUCAGAAGAGCAGUCAUACUGCAAGCCUGUGAAAAACCAGCAGCAACCACAGCUGUGUAAGCUGCCUCGCCAUCACCCUCUGUUCAGAGAGGUGCACAGUGAUGAGGAUGUGUAUAUAGAUGUGCAGGUCAUCCAAGAAGAGAAGGAGGAGUGGGCAAAGCCUCUAACCCAGUUAUGGCAGUGCCUGCCCUUUAACCCCGAUGCAGAGAGGGAAUAUAACAAACACAUGGGCCAGCAGGCCCCCUAUUGCUCCAUCUGCCUGCUCUUCUACACUCACCAUCAGUCCGAGUCCAAUAAUGGGAGUUCCAGCUUGACUCUGGUGAAUCAUCCAGGGGGCCAUCAGUGGUCCAAACCCCUCAUCCCUGAAAUGUGUUUCAACACCCAAUCCAGCAAGAUGAGUGACAGCGGGGAGGGACAGCUGUCUAACCCUUACGUAGCAGACGAUGGAACCAGCCGCCUGGUCAGCUGUUCUCAGUGCUGUGUCCGUGUACAUGCAAGUUGCUAUGGCAUUUCUGGGGAUGAUGCUGAGCUUGAUGAUUGGCUGUGUGCCCGCUGUGAGGCUGAUGCCGUCACUGAGGACUGCUGCCUGUGUUCCCUGAGAGGUGGAGCUUUACAGAGAGCCAACAAUGACAAGUGGGUUCAUGUACUGUGUGCCAUAACUGUGCUGGAAGCUCGCUUUGUCAACAUCACUGAGCGGAGCCCUAUUGACAUCUCUGCCAUCCCACUGCCACGUUUCAGAUUGAAAUGUGUGUACUGCAGGAAACGGAUAAAGAGGGAAGUGAAAGGCUGCUGCGUCCAGUGCUCCCAUGGGCGUUGCUCCACAGCGUUUCACCCCACCUGCGCUCAGGCAGCUGGUGUCCUCAUGCACCCUGAUGACUGGCCAUUUAUUGUUUUCAUCACCUGCCACAGACACAGAGCACCAGCAAUACCUGAGCGCAACAAAGCGUCAAUGCAGGAGUUGGCAGUGGGCCAGAAGGUGAUCUGUAAAUACAAGAAUGGCCGUUACUACCAGAGCGAAUUGAUGGAGCUGACCACGGCCACGUUUUACGAAGUGGUGUUUGACGAUGGCUCGUUCAGCGACAACCUCUUCCCUGAGGAUAUUGAGAGCCGGGACUGCGUCCGCCUCGGCCCCCCCGCCAAAGGCGAUGCCGUUCAAGUUCGGUGGACAGAUGGGCUGAUAUAUGGAGCCAAGUUUGUAGCUUCCCACUCCAUCCCCAUGUACAUGGUGGAGUUUGAGGAUGGCUCACAAGUCACUGCCAAGCGAGAAGACAUCUACGCUCUAGAUGAGGAUCUGCCCAAACGAGUCAAGUCGAGAAUGUCGGUGGCGUCAGACAUGCGUUUCGAGCUCUUCGCGCAGAACGACGUAAAGCAGAACACCAAAAGGCAGCGGGUCAUCAACUCCCGAUACAGAGAGGACUACAUCGAGCCCGUCAUCUAUAGAGCCAUCAUGGAGUGACAGCAGUUUGUUUCUAACGCUUUCCGACACCGAGCUCAAGUCAACUCUCGGACUUGUUUUUGUCUGUGGCUACUGCUUAAAGGAUUGACCACCCCUCCUGUUCUUCCACGGCCUGUUGGGCUCCAUAUUUAUAAACUACGGCUGGGACUUUAACCGACUCUUGUGUGCAUUGAAUAAUCUUCUUAGUCAUUCAUGUCCCAUCGCAAUCUGCUGAUUGCUUUGUUCCCCCAUUUCAUUAGGUUUUUUUUUUCCUCUCAGGAAGAAGCCAUUGAUGAAUUAUUAAAUGUGAAAAAGGUUGAAUAAGAUAUUUUCUCUGUUCUUUGGCACAUCGAUUAGCAGCUGUUGACUAAAGAACUUCACGUGGUAUACAGAGGAAAUCUCAAUUAAAUGACAAUUCACUGACUCAGUCGGAUGUUUUCUUAAUAUUUUCACAAUAUUUUGCCAUGAAGAAACUCGUGAUAGAGUUUUUAUUGUCUGUUUGUUGCUGAUGCAGACACACUGUAGCCGUUGAGUCACCAAUUUGAUUUAUCAAGAGCUGCGUUAAAUCACAAACCCCAAAGAAUCGAAAUUAUCUCGAAGUCAUGGUUUUAACAGAUCUUUAGGUUAAUGUUUUCAUUACAUUUUGUGGUUGAGAAAUAUGAGUAUGUAGCUCACCCAUACAUAGUGGUGUCAUUGUGCAUCUACUGUGAAGACUGAGGACUUUGGACGUGUUUUCACAGGCCCAAGCCUUACAUUUCAAAGGGCCUGGAAUACUUUGGUUUCUCUUGGUUUAUUCUAACUAUUGUAAUUAAUGUUAUUAUUGUACUUUAUUUAUGCAAGUGCAUCAAGUUUGAAAACAAAGCUAUUUUUGUCAUGUCCUUUUCACAAUCUGUAGAAAACCUCAGAUGUAUUUAUAUUUAUUAUAUUGACAGAUUUCAGACAUGCUGUUUAAGCUUUGAGGCUUGUUUGUCCUCUGCAGCGAAUGGGAGGUAAAAAAUUAUUAUAGCUAUAGUUCCUCAAAUAGCUUAUUGUUAUCUUUCUGCGGAGCUUUUUUGUUUGUUUGUUUGUUUUUUAGACUUGUUGCCUCAACUAAGUGGAGAUUUUGUGUUUCUGAUAAAUGCUAGCUUUAGAGAUCGUAGUUUCAGAUGAUAGUUUGAUCCCCGAUAAAACAAGAAUCAGAUCAGUUUUGGAUUUGAUCAGGUUUUCUUGCACGUGCGGUCCCUUGAACCUGCUUUAAGGCAGACCUGUGCAGAGAAUUACAGGAUGACCUUUACAGACACCUUUUAGCUGUGAUCAUGGCUACUGUUUGUCUGUCGGGUUUCCUUUGGGUCUGUCUCCACAGCAGCACUAAGUCUGUACACUCUUUGUAAACACCAACUGUUUGAGUAAAGUUUGGGCUAAGAAAAAAGAACCUUGUGUAACUUAUUUUCUCUACAACAGCCUGGUAUUUAGUGUCUAGCCUCCAACA